UCCUGUUUGAAGAUGACCGGCAUCAUAUCAAGGAUAGUUAGUGGUGGAACGGCUGUUGCAAAAGGAUUUCUUGCUGUACGGAAUCCGCUCAUGAUCGAAUCUUCAGCUGGGUUCAAGGUAAAAGCACGUCUGAAACUUCGUUGUCGUAAUUGCUACUUCAUUCGGAUCAAUGGUCGCUUACACGUUGAGUGUACCGCUCAUCCACGACAUAAGGCGAGAGAAAUAUUCAACACAAAAUUAUUGUGGUGAAACUGGUGAAUAGAUCAAUAAGCUUGUAGAUACUUUAGUUUUGCUAUAGACCAUAAUUGCAAUUGUUUAUUCGUUUUCAGUAAAUAUUACAGAUCUGUGACUAUCCGUACCUAUAACAACUGAAUAAUCUCCCUACAAAAUCAUUUAUUAGAAUCGUUCCGGUUUUAUUUUUUCUCUCCAUACUUGUUUGGAAUGCCCUUCGAGUCGAAGAAAUCACUAAAU